AUGCCGCACGACUGCAUCGUGCUUAGCGGUGAUGGGGUUUGUAACGAACACUGGUUUGGCUUUCAGCAGCAUGACAACCUUUCCACUGGCCGUGAACGUUACUACGCUCUGAAGGACCCUGUCAUCCUUCGCUACCUGCGUUACUUGCGUUGGAUGCAGGAGGAGUCAUUUCAUAGCCUCAAGGUGUUGUGUCUGACUGGUGGUCGUGACAACAUUGAUCCACCUCCAUUUACUAGCAUUGGGCCGAACAUGCUGGAUUCUCUGCGUGUUAUUGUCACAAAGGUUCUCUGGACCCACAGCCCACUUCGAAGUUUCUGGCUUCCUACGGCUGCAAUGCAGUUCCUCGAGACGUGUGCCGCUUCCUUUCCCAGACAUCAUCUUUUUCUUCUUGACUGGUCAGGUGUACGACAGGCUCUACCGGGUGUUAACGGACCAGUAUGCCAAUGCAAAGUGCGUGUGGCCAAGGAUCUCUAUCUUCGCCGCCCCGCCGACUCGCUGCAUGGCAACGCCGGCAUGGUUGACAUUUGUUUCCCGACUGACUUUGAGCAUCUGGCGGUAGUGUACCGUAACAUCUGCGGGGCGCACAAAGAUAUCUCAAGCCUCACUCACCCGCAGUUCUGGAAUACAUUUGGCGGCGACAAGACUGCCCUUUUCACGACACGCAGCGGCUUCAAUCCGCUUCUCGAAGUCUUUGAGCCGUUUCACGUCUUUGCCGCACACCACCCUCCAGAAAUGUGA